AUGGCCGACACGACUUCAACGUCCACCCCAACUCAAGCUCGUUCCAAGAUGAGGCCAACCGCAGUGGCUGGGCCUCACGAUCAUAUGGCUGAACCGCGUAUCUUUCGAGACGAGCGCAAGCAGAGUCUGCGUCUGGAUCUCGAAGGACUUGAUCUGGGAGGACCAUCUACUCUCUUCGAUGUAGCGGCUGCUCAGCAAGCAGCGUCGUCGUCGUCGUCAUCCGACCGCAAGGCCGCCUCGCCUCGCAUCAAGUCCAUCGGUAGAUCACCGCUUCGUACGAGGCGCUCUCCGUCAAAGGCUGCGACAACCGAAGACACCUUUGUAGCUCACCUCAGAUCCAAUUGCUUGGCCGCCAACGAGAUCCUGCCCUCCGAAGUCAUGCUGGACCCGAAGAGCUUGUCACCACCAUCCCAGCUCGACCACCAUUUUAAUACAACCUCAAUGUGGGAUCGUCCUGCGGCCGCAUCUCCUCACCAAGUCCUGGGAGGCUUUGCUUCGCUCGGCCCUACGUCGUGGACCAACUCGCAACCAUUCCUUCCACCGUCGAUGAGGUCAAGUCUCGAGUGCGAUACGUGCUGUCAACAGGCGGCGAGCUCGUCUGUAGGGAGCACGCUGGAGCCACGCCCACACGACGCUAUGCAUGUGUUGGACCUCAUGUCGGUCGAUGAGAUGGGUACACAUUCGAUCAAUGUCGGCAAUCGCGAUGACUGGCAGGGAGCCCUUCUCGCUCCGUCGGCAAGCUCACCACUUUCACCAGAGGAGGCUUCGACGGCAUGGAUGUCAGCACGCUCGACACAAGCUAAGCGCAAGUGGAUCGUCGCCCCCUUGCUCGCUGACGACGAGACAGCAGCGUCACGUACCAUUGUCGUCUCGGACAAGGCUGCCAUGUCGAGGAUUCAGUACGCCUUCUCCUCGUCCAGCGCUGCGAGCACAAGCAACCACAAGCCACCAGCAGCGUUCUCUGGUCUUGCACACUUUGAGUUGCGAUCUCUUCGGGAGGGACUGUCCAAGCCAGGCGUCGUACUUGCCAACCCGUCGACGCUGCGGGUACUUUACUCGACAGACCUGGGAAGUCGACGCGCAAGCUCACGACGUGUUGAAAGCUUGAGCAGCUCGAGGCUUUCGGUCGACCACCCUUCACCUGCUUCUACCCUCAGGCGUACGCGUUCACGCCCAGCGCUCAAGUACGGUGCGCUCGACCACUACGAUGAGCUUUCAAACAGGGAGCAGCAGCUCGUUCAGUCACUCGUCUCCUCGGGACUCAUUGAUGCAGGCACAAUCGGCACCAGCAGCGGGGAGGCUAUCAAUCGCAGAAGAGCAUCGUUGGACGAGCCUCGGCGCAGCAUGGAGGACUAUGACAAAGGACAAGGCGGCGCAUCCCUCGACACAAUCAUGGCGGCGUCGAAAAACACCGCUCAGCCACAACCAGUCAGCCCUCUCUCACCGAUCUCACCAACAGCGCCACUUCCCGCGCCUACAGCCAUGGCUCAAUCGAGGACAUGGAACGAGCAGGAGCAGGAGGUAGAACAGCAGCGCCAAAGACAGGGGGCAGAGCAGCGAGACUUGCUACGACCCCGCGCAGCUACCACGUCCCUCGAUCCGUUUCCCUCAUCUCGCCAGCAAAGAAGGACUGCAACCAGCGGCGGCAAGCUCGGGGAGUGGCUCAAGCGCAAGAUCUCAGGCCACGUCGGCGCCUCAUCCUCCUCUCCCUCAUCCGCCUCGUCGCCUUUCGCUUCGCCGCAGCUGCCAUACGGCCGCAGAGGAAGUGCUAGUGACGAGGAGCUGGUCCUCAAUGCGGGCAAGGCGCAGAGGAGGCAGGGGUUGGGUCUAGGUAUCAUGCCACAGCAAAGCAUGAAGGCGAUGCGGGUUAAAGCGCCCGCUCCCACGUCGAUGGGUCUGUGGCUGCCACCCGCUGUCCCUCCCCCAGCGUUUCCCAAGGUAUCAGCAGUCUCCUCACCUCCUCUCGCGUCUCCCAUGCGUACUCCUACCGCAUUGCUAGGUCUCAACGAUGUGUCCGAAGACGCUCUCACUAUGCUCAUUCCGCUGGGGAGCGAUGCCGACCGCAGGCGAAGAGCACCACGUCGCUACUUGCGCGUCACAUUCGUUCCUUUCAGCGGCCAAGACAAUGUUCAAGCACAGCCACAUCGUCACCGUCACCAUCGCCAUCAGACCUCGUACCUGCCUCCCAACAAGGGCAGAAGCAUGGAGGAGCGACGCACGACCAUCACGCCUGGGAACGCCAGUCGAGACACAUUUGAGUCCUCACCUGCUUCGCCCACAAUGACGACUUCUACAUCCAACUCCUCUUCAGCCUCGGCCGUCUCCUCGACGUCGUCCUCUGCCGUGGGUGGAGUGGCGGUGGCGGCGGCUCAGGCUGCGACAGGAUGGCUGCAGAGGAGGCGGGUCAAGACUAGCGGGGCCGAGAGAGAGCAGGCACAACAGCAGCUUGAGAGGGACGAGAUGAAUAUCACCUCGCUGCCGAUUUUCACCUCAACGCUUCUCUCGCCUACGUCCACCCUCGCCCCUCUUACGAGCCUCGAAGGCGAAGGCGCUUCAUCGUCCAACCGUCGUGCGUCGCACGUCGAAGCGUUCCGAGUCACAGCCCUCGUUGUGGGGGACAAUAGCGUCGGUCCUUCCUCCUCAUCGCUGCUACCCGAGCCAGGCACCUUUCCCGUCGUGCUGGCCGUCUGUCUCGCAGGCAAAUCGUCGCUCGACCUCGUGGCUGAAGGAUGGGAUUCAUUGGGUCUGGAGACGUCUGGAAGCAGUGGGGAUGAGAAGAGCCCAAUGUUCCGGGUAGCUGAUACUAUAUUGGCUGCUUGCGCUGCGGUAAUGGAUUUGUGA